AACAAUUAGCAAAGGCCCAUUACAACACAACGUAUAGGUCAGGGAGUCAUGAGCCAACCAUGACCUUUGUAUCGUCUAUUCCAACCGGAAGAAGCAUUCAGUGUUCUCAGUUUCACAUUGUAAUGACCAAAUGGCUUGUGAAAAAAUGAAACGAUGUGCAGGAAACUGUUUCAUACAGCCUGACAACCAAGGACUUUUCUGUCACGGCAAGAUGUCACGCUUGGUGGAGUUGAAGGACCGUGGUGGUGCCACUAUGUCUGUGAAUCAGUAUGAAGACUGCUUCUUCUACCGAGGAAGUCUGCCCAUCCCUUUUGAUGAACAUAUGAGAAGAGUGAAAGAGAUGAAACUCACAUCAGAUGAUGUGCUAUUGUGUAGCUAUCCCAAGUCAGGUACCCAUAGUUUGUGGGAGGUGGUAUCAUCCAUCGUGCAUGGUGACCUGAAGUCCAAGGAAAGUGUUUCGGAUGUCGACAUGCUAGACUUCACAUCUAUGAAACUACUAGACAGAACACCAACACCAAGAAUUCUGGGCUGUCACUUCCGCUUCCGGUUUCUUCCGAACGAGGUUCUGACCAAGAAGCCCAAGGUGAUCUACCUCCAACGUAACCCCAAGUCUGUCGCCGUAUCCUACUACACGAUGACGUACGGCAUGACGACGGUCCGCAGUUAUGAGGGUCACGUGCCCGUCAAGCAGUACGAUGGUACCUGGGACGAUUACUUGGAGUCCUUCCUGGAGGGUGAAGUGGAAUACGGAUCCUGGUUCGACCAUGUACUGGACUGGGAACAAGCAAGGUUAGAUAAUCCCGAGUUGUCUAUAUUUCUGCUACAGUAUGAAGAUAUGAAAAAGGAUCUGGUCGCAUGUAUUGGGCGAGUUGCAAAGUUUCUUGGUAAACAGAUGACUCCUGAAAGGGCAAAAUCCAUUGCAGAAGCUUGUACAUUUCACAAUCUGAAAAAACGUGAUCAUAACGAAGACACUAAAACCAAAGACAUUGCAUGGAGAGAAGGGACAGGGGUCUUCAGGAAGGGUAUAACAACAGACUGGAAGAAUUGGUUUACAGUAGCACAGAGUGAACAGUUUGACAACGUUUACGCAGAAAAAAGGAGGCAGGACUGUCACUGAAUUGUACUCAUUGGUCGAGCCCUCAGUAUUGACAUAUUAAAUCAUAUUCGGUUUUGUAUUGAGGAAUGCUUUAGUUCAAGUGAUAAAAACUCAAAUAUCGUUGAGAGAGAGAGAGCAUUGUUCUGUAUAUCUUUUGGCUACUUUUGUUAGUUAUGUUACAUAAUUACAUAAUAUCACGGCAAGGGACACCGGAAUUUUUAGUUGAAAGGCACACACUCUAUCCCUGAUACCUGUCACGAAGGUUUAAAAAUACACAUGUAACAAAAUCCACGGCACAAUUGCCUGAGUAAAUGAAUAUGAAUAAUCAUAAACACUGACAUCUGAACAUCUGUACAUAUAUGCUUGCCGUACACGUUUGUCAGGAUACAAUUACGUGACAUUAUAUAGAAACGGUAUGUAUAUUCAACCAAGAGUACUUAUCUCACAGUUGUAAAUGGUACUCACUGUACUAGGAGGAUUUGGAUUAGAUAUCCUUGUGAGAAACAAUCAUUCAAAGGUACGCAAUAGUUUCUAUGUAUAUCAGCUGAGUAUUGUAAUUUCACAUAGUACGCGCCAUUCAAGGACUUGUAAUCGCAAUAGCAAAGGAAGAAUUCAAGUAUGGACUUCAACUGUGACAUGUCAUAUUUGCCUUUACACUUGCUCAGUAAAGUACAGAUUUGGUAGGUCGAGUCCCAUGCGGGAUUAAAACCCACAGCCAGACAUCUAAUCGUCAGCACACAAAUUCAGCCAUCCAAGCCACCGCGGCUUGCACAGAAAUAGAGGUUGGACAACUGGUAGACUAGAUCUGGGACCAAUCUGACAAGUGUAAAUUGGCACGACUAUGUAUGCACAAAGCCAUUUAAAUAUGUUAAAUGUAACAUAUGUGUACAUUUGACCACUUUCUAAAUGGCUUUGUGUAUUCAUGGAGCUCUGUUGGCAAUACCUGUCCAUUAAAAGAAAGUAUACACUUAAAACAUACAUUAAAACUGUACAAACGUU